AUGGACAAACAUCGCAAUACAAACAUUGCGAGCGAGCCCAAACCUAGACACAGUAACUCACCAGACAGACCAAAUGGACAAACAUCGCAAGCGAUCCCAUACCCAGAGACAGUGACUCACCACACAGACCAAAUGCACCAACAUCGCAAUACAAACAUUGCAAGCGAGCCCAAACCUAGAGACAGUGACUCACCACAAAGUCCAAAUGGACAAACAUCGUAA